GCCGGGGCGUCCCGGCCACCGGUCUCGGCGCCGACUCGGGACGGGGAGCCCGCGCGCGCCGCGGGACGGGGAGCCCGGGUUAUUGUGUUGCUGGAUGGUGUUUAAUGAACAUCAGGAUUAUCUGCUCUUAGCAGGGAAACCACUGCUCUAGCUCAUGGGCUUUGAAGUCAGACCAGAACUUAAAUCCAGUCUCUUACCAGGGUCAAGACCUUGGAGCAUGGCUAUGAGCAAUGGAAACAACGACUUUGUGGUUGUUAGCAAUGGCAGCAUUGCAACCAGUGCUACCAGCCCUGGGCCUCUCACCCCCUGUGACGGAGACCUCACAUCCCAGCAGCUCACACCCAAAGAAACGCCAAAAGCAAAAGUGAGUCCGAAUGGAUGCCUGCAAGUUAAUGGCACCGUUAAGUCCUCCUUCCUGCCUUUAGACAACCAAAGAACACCUCAGAUGUUAUCCCAGUGCUGCCAUCCUUGCCCAUACCAUCACCCUUUGAGUAGCCAUAGCAGUCAUCAAGAGUGCCAUCCUGAGGCGGGUUCCACAGCACCUUCUGCUUUGGCCUCAUGUUGCAUGCAGCCACACCCAGAGUAUUCCGCAUCUCUUUGUCCAAAUCAUUCACCUGUUUAUCAGACUCCGUGCUGUCUUCAGCCCUCUCCAUCCUUCUGCCUACAUCAUCCGUGGCCUGACCAUUUUCAGCAUCAGCCUGUGCAGCAGCACAUAGCCAACAUCAGACCCUCCAGACCUUUCAAGUUACCAAAAAGUUACGCAGCCCUCAUAGCCGACUGGCCCGUGGUGGUCCUGGGCAUGUGCACCGUGUUCAUCGUGGUCUGUGCCUUGGUGGGAGUAUUAGUGCCAGAGCUUCCCGACUUCUCCGAUCCAUUGCUGGGUUUUGAACCAAGAGGGACUGCAAUUGGCCAAAGACUGGUCACGUGGAACAACAUGGUAAAAAAUACAGGAUACAAAGCAACAUUAGCAAAUUACCCCUUUAAAUAUGCAGAUGAACAAGCUAAAAGCCAUCGAGAUGAUCAUUUCGAAAGAGAGAAAAGAGAAGUUGACUGGAACUUCCACAAAGACAGCUUUUUCUGCGAUGUUCCAAGUGACCGCUAUUCCAGAGUAGUGUUUACUUCGGCUGGAGGAGAGACAUUAUGGAAUUUACCUGCAAUUAAAUCAAUGUGCAAUGUAGAUAAUUCGAGGAUCAGAUCUCAUCCGCAGUUUGGGGAUCUCUGCCAGAGGACCACCGCCGCGUCCUGCUGCCCCAGCUGGACCCUGGGGAACUACAUUGCCAUUCUGAACAACAGAUCGUCCUGCCAGAAAAUCGUCGAGCGAGAUGUUUCUCAUACCCUGAAGCUGCUUCGAACCUGCGCCAAACACUACCAAAACGGCACCCUGGAGCCCGACUGCUGGGACAUGGCAGCCAGAAGAAAGGAUCAGCUCAAGUGCACCAACGUGCCCCGGAAAUGCACCAAGCACAAUGCCGUGUACCAGAUCCUCCAUUACUUGGUGGACAAGGACUUUCUGUCCCCAAAGACAGCUGACUCCGCCACGCCAGCUUUGAAGUACAGCAUGCUCUUCUCCCCCACCGAGAAAGGAGAGAGCAUGAUGAACAUCUACCUGGACAACUUCGAAAACUGGAACGCUUCCGACGGCAUCACCACCAUCACGGGCAUCGAGUUUGGCAUCAAACACAGUUUGUUUCAGGAUUAUCUUCUGAUGGAUACUGUGUAUCCCGCCAUCGCCAUCGUCAUCGUCCUCCUGGUCAUGUGCAUCUACACCAAGUCCAUGUUCAUCACGCUGAUGACCAUGUUUGCCAUCAUCAGCUCCUUGAUCGUCUCCUAUUUUCUCUACCGCGUAGUGUUCAACUUCGAAUUUUUCCCCUUUAUGAAUCUCACGGCACUCAUUAUUUUGGUCGGAAUUGGAGCGGACGAUGCUUUUGUCCUGUGCGACGUCUGGAACUACACCAAAUUUGACAAACCUCACGCGGAAACGUCGGAGACCGUGAGCAUCACCCUGCAGCAUGCCGCCCUCUCCAUGUUCGUCACCAGUUUCACCACAGCCGCAGCGUUUUACGCGAACUACGUUAGCAACAUCACAGCCAUCCGAUGCUUUGGGGUCUACGCAGGCACAGCCAUCUUGGUGAAUUAUGUUCUGAUGGUCACGUGGCUCCCCGCAGUGGUGGUCCUGCAUGAACGCUAUCUGCUUAAUAUCUUCAGUUGCUUCAAGAAGCCCCAGCAGCAAAUCUAUGAUACCAAAAGCUGCUGGACUGUGGCUUGUCAGAAGUGCCACAAAGUACUUUUCGCCAUUUCGGAAGCAUCACGAAUCUUUUUCGAGAAAGUCCUGCCCUGCAUUGUCAUUAAGUUCCGCUACCUUUGGCUGUUCUGGUUCCUUGCCUUAACCAUAGGUGGGGCCUACAUUGUGUGCAUAAACCCAAAGAUGAAACUGCCCUCGUUGGAGUUAUCAGAGUUCCAGGUGUUCAGGGCGUCGCAUCCUUUUGAACGUUAUGAUGCCGAGUACAAAAAGCUGUUCAUGUUUGAGCGCGUUCACCACGGAGAGGAGCUCCACAUGCCCAUCACCGUCAUCUGGGGGGUGUCCCCCAAAGACAACGGCAACCCACUGAAUCCCAAGAGUAAGGGGAAGCUAACCCUGGACAGUCGUUUCAACAUCGCCAGCCCCGCUUCACAGGUCUGGAUUUUGCACUUCUGUCAGAAACUGAGAAACCAGAGCUUCUUUUACCAGACGGAUGAGCAGGACUUCACCAGCUGCUUCAUUGAGACUUUCAAACAGUGGAUGGAGAACCAGGACUGCGACGAACCCGCCCUGUACCCGUGCUGCAGCCGCUGGAGCUUCCCCUACAAGCAGGAGAUCUUCGAACUGUGCAUCAAGAGAGCCAUCAUGGAGCUGGAGCGGAGCACGGGCUACCAUCUGGACAGCAAGACCCCCGGGCCCCGGUUUGAUAUCAACGAUACUAUCCGGGCGGUCGUGCUCGAGUUCCAGAGCACCUACCUCUUCACCCUAGCUUAUGAGAAGAUGCACCAGUUCUACAAAGAGGUGGACUCCUGGAUUUCCAACGAGCUGACUUCCGCCCCGGAGGGCCUCAGCAACGGCUGGUUCGUCAGCAACCUGGAAUUCUACGACCUCCAGGACAGCCUCUCAGAUGGCACCCUCAUUGCCAUGGGGCUCUCGGUGGCCGUGGCUUUCAGCGUGAUGCUGCUCACCACGUGGAACAUCAUCAUCAGCCUGUACGCCAUCCUUUCCAUCGCCGGGACCAUCUUCGUGACCGUGGGCUCUCUGGUCCUCCUGGGCUGGGAGCUCAAUGUUCUGGAGUCCGUCACCAUUUCUGUCGCAGUUGGCUUGUCCGUCGACUUCGCCGUCCAUUACGGGGUGGCUUACCGCCUGGCCCCCGAUGCCGACCGAGAAGGAAAAGUGAUCUUCUCUCUGAGCCGCAUGGGCUCGGCCAUCGCCAUGGCCGCGCUGACCACCUUCGUGGCUGGAGCCAUGAUGAUGCCCUCCACAGUCCUGGCUUACACCCAGCUGGGCACCUUCAUGAUGCUCAUCAUGUGCAUCAGCUGGGCCUUCGCCACCUUCUUUUUCCAGUGUUUGUGCCGGUGCCUAGGGCCACAGGGCACCUAUGGUCAGAUUCCUUUGCCGAAGAAACUCCAGUGCAGUGCCUUUUCCCAUGCCUUGUCAACAAGCCCUGGGGACAAGGGACAGAGCAAAACGCAUGCCGGGAAUGCUUAUCAUUUGGCGCCCAGGGGCCAGAAAUCAGAACUGGAGCAUGAGUUCUACGAGCUGGAGCCCCUGGCCUCCCACAGCUGCACUGCCUCUGAGAAGAGCCCUUACGAAGAGCCCCACAUCUGCUCCGACUUUUUCAACAGCCAGGCCAAGAAUGUUGGGCUGCCUGUGCACGCCACGUACACCAGCGAACUCAGCAAAAGCCCCAAGGGCGAGCCAAGUGCUGCCCUGCUACCGCCCUCACUCGAUCAGCGCUCGGUGUGUCACCUCUUCUCUCUGCAUCAGAGAUGCAGCUGCCCGCACGCCUACAAACACUGGAAAUAUGGUCCGCACGCCUGCCAGCAGGUGGGUGACUGCUUGGGCCACCAGUGCGCUCCCACCAGCGCUUUCCUGCACCUCCAGAAUGGUGUGGCACCCCUGAAGGCUGCUCACCAAGCCCCCGAGGGCUUCCUGCACCCCAUCCCGCACCUCCACCACCCCUGCCCCUGCCUCCAGGGCAGCAUGAAGGCACCCACAGUGCAGAAUUCUCUGCCCAGGAAUCCCUUUCUCCAGCCCACGCAGCCCCAAGAGAAGGUGACACUGAGCGGCGGCCACAGCCUGCAGAGCCUAGAACAUCUCCCCCCCGUGGCAGAGGCAGCCUUGGGGUGCAGAAGCUCUGGCCCUUCGCGACAAGCGUGUUGCGAUUCUGACACUAACCGAAGGGGACCAUGUCAAAACAGAGACAUGGAGAAUGGGGAGGUCGGUGGCAGGGCUGAGAGCAAGGACUCAGAGAGUCAGACAGACGUGGAGCCCAGCUUGUCCCAGACGGACGUCAUUGUGAACUCAGAACAUUUAAAUCAAAAGGAACCAAAAUUUAUAUUUCACCAUUUCAUGGGGGAGGCCGGUUAUCGAUCCUGCCCAAACAAUCCAUCGAAUUGUGGCAGAAUUGUGAGAGUGAAGUGCAAUUCUGUGGACUGUCAGAUGCCAAACCUUGACGCCAAUGUGCCUGCUGUAUUAACACACUCAGAACUUUCUGGCGAAAGUUUGUUAAUAAAAACACUUUAAUAAAUAGAGUAUUCAAUUCAGAACCAGUGCCUCAAUCAUUGCUUUGAAGUGAGAGCAAAAUUCAGAAGUCUAGAAAGGGAGCCCCGUAAGUCAAAAGCAAGCACAGAUCACUUGUUUAGAAAUCGUGGGGUAUGUUUCUGUUCUGUAUGAACAGUUAAACUUGUCGAAUGAGUGUUCUCUGAUAUUCGGACGUGACAUAUUCAAAAGACACGUUUUGGAGGGUGGGAGGUAUCUGUGAUCUGUUACCCAGCUUGAAAAACAAUCAUCUCAAUCUCCUCCAUAGCAAUAAGUCAGAAUUUCAGAGUUUGACUGACCUAGAAUUUCCAUUCUCCCCAGCUAUCAUGUUUACCUGAUGUUCUUCUCUAGCCCAUUCAGUUGUACAGAAGCAAAGAUUUUGAUCGACAUAAUUUCUAUCUGAGCUGCUUUACUUGACAUCUAGGCACUAAAUGCUGAAAACCACAUUUUUGACCAGGCCUCUGUAGAAAUCUAAUUGCCAGGCAUUUUAAUAGGGUGUCCCACCUGUCUACAUAAGUAGGCCUCACAUGAAGCCUGUGACACAUUUCUAUUCAAAUUGCUGUCUUUUCUCACAUUCGCCAAAAUAUACAACUGUUCACUUUAUUACAUUUCUUAGUCUCAGAGUCAUGGGCCUCGGCUUAUGUCAGGCGACAAUGAUAUUAGUGCCCCAUAGGGAAGCACACGUGUAAAGAGAUGUAAAGAGCACACGUGUAAAAUAGUCUCAGUUAAGUUGCAGAGAGGGACCCAGGUCGGGUCAGCUGUACUCCCUGGAAGAAUCCAAAGCAAGAGAUCUUGUUCUAUAAAGCUUGCUCUUCCAUCUCUGCGCCUCCGGGGACACAUUCCAAUCGCUUUCUCCGGUGUCAAAUGGUGUCUCUAGAUGCACUGGGAAGAUUUUGUUGUGCAACUACCACCUGGAAAGGCGAGGCCUUGGGUCCCCCUUUGAACUGGCAUUUUUGUAUCUCAUGUGAGAUCAGCCUGCAGUAAUUGAGCUGUCAAAGCUUGCUUGCUGGGUAAUACUUCAGAUGACUUAGUCCUCUUCAGGCAUCAUCUGAUCCCCCUGCAUUCCGACCCUCUGCAGGGAGAUUUCUAUCUAACUUCCCCCUUCUUUUCUGGAAUUCUGCCUCCAGUUUGACCCUGAAGAAAACUGGUGACGAUCUGUUUAAAUCCAUGGUUUCUUUCAGAAUUGAUAGUGCUUAUUUUAUUGCAUUUUUCCAAACUCUCAGGAGGGCUGAAGAGAUAGUAUAGCAGAUAAGGUGCUUGCACAUGGCCAACGCUGACUUGAUCUCUGGGGCCCCAUACAAUCCCCUGUGUCUGAGCACAGAGGCAGGAGUUAAACCCUGAGCACAUCCAGGUGUCACAAAAAAAAAAAAUACUCUCAGGAGUUCCAGGAGUUAAAAGAGUAAGUUCAUUAUCUCCAACUUUCCACCAGCAAAUGUCGUUUCCAUUAAGUAGCUUUCCCGCUUUUACUGACUUUUCUUCAGGGGCUCAGAACUCCCUCCAUGAUGACCUUGGUUGAACUUAAAUGUGUCCUCCUGUAGUUUUCCUGCCAGUGGUUCCUCCUCUGUUCACGGAAGAGAAAACAAAUAUCUCUGAUCUCUCUGCCACAUAUUUGGGAUCCCCAAAGGUGUUUGAGAAGUUAUGUCCUCCCACUCACAUCCCCAGUUCCACGAUCCUGUUUUAAGCAAUUAGACACUGAUUGUGCCAUUGUGUUCUCCUCCGGAUGUAAAAGCUGGUACCACCUGCCAAGUCUGGUGCAACGCAAUGAAAUGGCGCAGGAAGGAGGAGCAAUUGAUCGUCUGGCUGAACAGCCCUGACUGUUCGCUUGAAGGUGGAAAUAACUUUGGGCUCAAGCCGUCCAGCUGCUUCUCACGAAGCUUGGAGGGAGCUAAACCCACUCGCUCAAUCUCACAUGUCCUGUUGCCACCCACCCACCUCCCCAAACCACUUCUGAAUUUUCCCUCUGAAGUUGAGUGUGUCGAUCCCAUCGUACUUGUUUCUCAUGGGAAACCAUGAGGAAAUAAGGACUCAGUACAACACUAGUUUCUUUGUUUUCCUUCUGAAAUGCGGAAACAGAGUUGACUGGUGAAAACUUAGUCACCCAAAUAUACCUUCUGAGUUGAGCAGACCCAGACCAAAUGUAAGGGUAACGCACACUCUAUUACAAACUCCAUUACAGAGGCUAGUCAAAAGACUCUCCUGACCUAAGUCUCCUUUCCUCAGAGAAGUGAUACCCUGGCUUUUGCCCAGACCUCGAUGAGUAUUUGCCGGUGAUCUGUACUUACUGGGGCUCUGAACCUCAAAUGUGGCAGAAAACAUUUUCAAAUUGCUUGAAACUCCAACUUUAGUCUUUGAAUUUGGAGGGGGUUGGGUGCUGGGAUUUGGGUCACAUCCAGCUGUGCUCAGGGCUUUCUCCUGGCUCUGCACUCAGUAAUUAGUCCUGGUAGGCUUUGGGGACCAUAUAUGAUACUGAGGAUUUAAUCUAGGUCAACUGCAAGCAAGGCAAGUGCCUUACCUAGUGUGCUAGCUCUCAACUGCUGAAUUGACUUUUUUUUUUAAUACUGUAGCACUGUAGCAUUGUCGUCCCAUUGUUCAUCAGUUUGCUCGAACAGGCACCAGUAACGUCUCCCUUGUGAGACUUGUUACUGUUUUGGGCAUAUCAAAUACGCCAUGGGAGCUUGCCGGGCUCUGCCGUGCGGGCGGGAUACUCUCGGUAGCUUGCCGGGCUCUUAAUACAGAAUUUUUUAAAAAGAAUUUAUUAGCCGAACCUAGAAAUCAAAACUUUUUAAAAAAAUUUCAUUACUGAGCCACAAGGAUCACUUUUUCUAGUUCUGUUCUAAGAAAAAAUUCCACAUAUGCUCUUUUUUCAGGGAUGGCAAAGGGGCCCAGAAAGAUACUACAACAGUGAUUGCCGUGUUCAGUCCCUGGCACCAUAUGUGGUCCUCUGAGCACUGCCAGGAGUGAUCCCUGAGCACAGAGCCAGGACUAAGCCCUAAACCCAGCUAGGUUUACAAUAAAUAAAUAUUUUUUGCAAAGUAGAUAAAAGGUUAAAUACAUAGCAAAAGAAACCUUUCACUAAACUAUUUCUGAGUUGAAGGACUUUUGCUUAAGGGCUGUGCUUCCUGUCAGUUACUUCAACACAAUGUGCCUAAGAGACUUGAGUCCGUGUUAUCAAAUUUGUUCCAGUCUUCUUCCCUGCGAGAUCAUUUUGUAAAUUCCUCCUUGAAUGAGAACUGGAAUAAGCCAUGAGCACAAAGUUUUUCACAAAGAAGAGCUCUAUUGUUUAAAAUGAACUACACAGUUACAUCUGUGUAUAUUCAUUUCUUGUGCAUAAUUGCUGUAAAAUGCACAUCCUCCUAAAACAAUAUUCCUUAAAGUUAUGCUAAGCUGUUAUUAUAUUAAAUUUCAUUGCAAUAAGCUAUCUGUGCUCCGGCCUCAAUCAUUGAAAAUUUUGAAACUCUCUCCAUGGGUGAUUUGAAGAGAAACUUUACAAAUGUGGUUUUAGAGUAGAUUAGGAAAAUGUUCCGGAUUCUCGUUGUCUCACAUGGAAACCAUCUUGCCACAGCAAUUAGGACAGUUUCUGAAUGAAACAGGAGGAAACAAUGACUUUAAAAACAGCUGUAUCUUUUCUCUCUAAUGAGGAGAGUCAUUUUAGAAGAAAAAACUAAGCCUAUGUUAAAAAAUUCCAAAGACUCAUUUGGGUUGUUUGACUUGUUUUUGUUUUGUUUCCAUAAGCCUCAGUGCUACCCACAAAAGAAGAAAUGUGUUGUCUGUUUUUUAAAAUGCAGAAGGAACAUGCUCAAAUACUCCUUAUAUACCCUGGUGAAUCUUCCUCAAAUGUUUACUGGCCCUGUCAUUUAUUUCAGUAAUAUUAUAUUGCAUUACAAUUGGCUUUUGUAAAAUGACCACUUUCAUUAAUAUUUGAUUUUGUACUCAGAGCGAUUGCAAAUCUUUGCAUUAAAUAUAGAGAAAAAUCAUGAUCCAUGAUUGAUUCAUAGAAUGUUGUGCCUCUGUUCUUACAGUGUCUUACAUGCCCUUGUUUUGGACUGUUGGGAGGGAAAAAACCACAUUGUGUUCUCUUCAUUCACUUUCCAAACCACUUAAUGCAAAUGCAAGAACAACUCAGUAAAUAAUGUAUGAAUACUUUCUGUCAACGCCUCUAAGCCAUCAAUUAGUGCUAACUAGGACACAAUUUGCUAAUUCAAUGGAGCAGAGUGGGUACUUGUUACACAAUAAGUAUGCCUUCCUGAAAUUUGGAGCAUGAGAAUGCUAUUUUAGGUUUUGGGGAGGAAACAUGGAAUAAUUCAGCAUUCAGAAGUUCUAUUCAGAAAGGGCUCUACCUAGUAUAGAACUUAAAAGAUUUUCCUCUCAGAAACAUGCAAAACUGCACAUUUUCUUUCUCUCUGUUUAGGAGGUUAGGAGGAUCAUGGCAAUAAGGGAUAAAUGUGGGUGAUCAGGCACACACCCACUGGUGCUUGGGGAACCAGCAGUAGGAGAGAUGAAAUUGGGGUUCCCAUAUGCAAAUUAUGUAAAUAAUGUUCUCCUGCUCUUUGAGCAUUUCCCCAACCCAUGAACUGUACACUUGACACUUUGGGCAGCUACGUCAGUGGCCUGACUUGUUACAGGUAGCUCCACAAAACAUAUUUUCUUAAGAGAUUUAAAACCCAUAUUUGAGACAAGGGUCAACUCCCCAUUCUCACAAGCCACCUCCAAUGGGACACAGUUCUCAGUUUGUCUGGUUCCUCCCAUCCUUAUACUGUAACCGUGAAACAGAACUUACCCUUCAGGUCCUCCAUGCGCUGGAACUCCUCCAUUUUGGCAUUGACCCUUUCAAUCACAUCUUCACACUUCUGCAAUAUCAUCUAUAACGACCUAACCUGUAGAGUUCUUUUCAGCAAGAUAUAUUUUCUCUGCAGCCAAAUAAAGUUCUUAAGAAAGCUGGUUUUCAUUUGUGACAGAAUGACAGAGAAAAACUCUCAACUUCUCUCCACUAAUUGGACUUUAUAGAAUAUACAGCAGGAGGGGCUCUUACCUGGCAUGCUACCAAACCAAUUCCCAGCAUCCAAAAUGGUCUCGUGAGCACCGCUAGGAGUAAUUUCUGAGUGUCUAGCUAGGAGUAAACCCUGAGUAUCGUCCAGUAUAUCCCUCCACACAAAAAAAAAAAAUUAAAAACAAAAGAGUUCUAGGGUUUAAAAUUUUUUUCAGAGUAUUCUGAAAACUGCUUUUGCAACAUAUUGUGAUCAUUAUAAUCUCAUUAACUUGAAAAGGUCCGGUAGAAGUAUGUCUAGGCACAACUUUGCCAGCAGUUUUAAGUGCUUGUUGACACAGCAGCUCUUUGUAAAACCGUCAUGCAUGGCCUCUCUCAAACGCUGGUCUCCUGGAUGUCCCCAGUUAAGUGCAUUCUAACAGCAACGAAGCGCGUGAGUGAAGUAGCCUUCGAGACUGGGCUGUGCAGAGCUCCCGGGUCAGCCUGCCCCAGCAGCAGCUCUUCCUACAGGUCUGGGCAGAGUGGAAACAAGCACAGCUGGGGGGAUGUUCUCCAAUUGUAAGAGGCUUAGGGGGCUCACUCUUCUCUAUAGCUUCACUUCUGCCCUUUACUUUUCAGUUUUCUGACUUGAGUGUUUUAUUCAUCACCUGUAUCGGGUAGCAGUGGAUUUCUCCAGAGCCAUCUUGGAUUGUUGAAUAAUUCUAUCACAGACCACAGUUUGAACACCUCCCCUGAAAAGAACCACUAAGCUCUAAUUGGCAGAUCAGCAGUGUGGGAUUCACUUCCCUGAGUUACCUCGCAAAUCCUGCACGCUUUGAUAGAUUUCCCCAUUAACCAUCAAAGAGGAAGCAGAGUGAGCAGCACCUCUUCAUCGCUCUCAUUCUGAAAGCCAGUUUAGUCCCAGAUCUUGCCCUGGAAAUGAAGACAGGCAGGCCUUCCAUCUGGGGGUGAUGGUUAGACACCCCCACCCCCACUCGGGGUGGCAGAUCUCAUUUGGAGUCCUUUCUGAGGCAGCUUUUAUAUUCUCGGUGUUUUGUUGUCACCUUUGGAUCUUAGGAAGAAUCAGCUGUACGGGUCAUCUGAAGGGAAUGACGGGAUAUAUUUGCGUAUUUGCUCCAUAACUGCAUUAGACUUGGAAGUUACUAUAACUCCCAGGCCCCAUCAGCACCCAUCACUUGCUUGAGAGUGUGCCACUUCCUGUCU